AUCACAGCAGCGGCGCAGCGGCAGCCGCAGCAGCAACAACAGCAGCAAUGGCCGCUUUCCGCAGAGUGGCAGCGCUGGCCGGUAAGCUAAACCUCUGGUCGGCGGCGAGAAGCGAGUUUGUCGGCGGUCAGACGGCCAGUGGAGGAAGGGCACGGAGGUGUCUGGCUGUCGGGAUGUGUCUCGCUACGGGAGGCGCCGUGGCGCUGUACUUCUACAACGAUAUGACGAGCGGCAGAGGCAGGAAGAGGAUGGGGAGCCACAGCAUCAACGGUCUGCUGCUGCCGUCCAUCCCGACCGUUGAGGCGAAGGAGAAGGCAGCUCCAUUUGACUUUGAGGAUGGAGAUGUGUACAUGUCGUCCCAUGAGCAUCGUUUCCGCAUGUUCAGCUCCGUGGAGUAUGAAGGGCAGCUGUACAUGACUCCACAGAACUUCAUCGAGUCGGUCACCAUGAGCGAACCCAGAAACAAGAGGCCCUGGAGGUCCCUGGCCAAACAGGAGCUGGAGAAGAUUUUGUCAGAAACUCCCCCAGUAUGGAGAGGAUCCUCCAAACUGUUCCGCAACCUCAGAGAACGAGGCAUCAUCUCAUACACAGAGUACCUGUUCCUGCUCUGCAUCCUGACAAAGCCCCACGCUGGCUUUAAGAUUGCUUUCAAUAUGUUUGAUGCAGACGGCAACCAGAUGGUGGACAAGAGGGAGUUCUUGGUGCUCCAGGAGAUCUUCCGGAAGAAAAAUGAGAAGAAAGGGAGAAGAGGAGAUGCUGAGAAGUCAGCGCAGUUGAGUAUGCAGCUCUAUGGAUAUCAGGUUGCCCCCAUGAACAGCGUGCUAAAAAAAGACAGUCAGGAGUUUGUGGCGCGGAGUUACUGGGACGUUCUGAGGCGAGGCGCCAGUCAAGUCCUCUUUUCUGACCUUGCGGAGCGAGCAGAUGAGAGUAUCACGAUUGACACCACCCUUCUGGUCCAUUUCUUUGGGAAGAAAGGGAAGGCAGAGCUUACAUUUGAGGACUUCUACAGGUUUAUGGAUAACCUUCAAACAGAGGUGUUGGAAAUUGAGUUUCUGACCUACUCUAAAGGGAUGACCACCAUCAGUGAGGAAGACUUUGCCAAAAUCUUGCUUCGCUUCACCAAUGUGGAGAACAUCACUGCCUACCUGGAGAAUGUCCGCCAGUGUAUACCUGAUGAGAAGGGAAUCACCUUUGAUGAGUUCAGGUCAUUCUUCCAGUUUCUCAACAACCUUGAGGACUUUGCCAUCGCCAUGCAGAUGUACAACUUUGCUUCUCGCUCCAUUGGACAAGAUGAGUUUGCAAGAGCUGUGUAUGUGGCCACUGGGCUGAAGCUGACACGUCACCUCGUACACACCAUCUUCAAGAUCUUUGAUGUGGACCACGACGACCAGCUCUCCUACAAGGAGUUCAUUGGAAUAAUGAAGGACCGAUUGCACAGGGGAGCUAGGGGCUAUAAAUCUGUGGAGCGUGCCACCUCUUUUAAAUCCUGCCUGAAGAGGGAACUGGCAAGCAGCAGGUGAAGGGCCGACACCACACCUCCUUCUCUGGCUGUGUUCACUCUGAGGCCAGGAGACAGGUGCACCAGCUCUGGAGGAGGUACACAGAGAAGCCAUAGAAGAGGAGGGACAAAGAAAAAAGAUGAAAGAAGACGUCUGAUAAUGGAAUAAAUCCAAUUCAGUGGCCUGAGUUUACAACAUUGUGGUUUCAAGGGCAGAUCUCGAAUGGACCUCCAAAGCUGAUAAUAACUACGAGCAUGCCCGCACACAGCUGACUGAUGAUGAUAACGAGCAACAUCACUCCUGUUUUCCCAGUCUUGAUCUAAUGCCAAGUAUGAAUUAAAGUGUAUAAAAACAAUACAGAAUUAGACUAGAAUAUGACUGUACUCUCCGAGCAUGGCAUCUUAACAACACUCAGAAAAACUGCAACUAAUGAUUAUCUAUAUUGUGGAUCAGUCUUUCUUUUUUCUUGUUUUCUUUUUCCAACACUGUUUUAAUUAGCUUACUUAUUCUGACCAUCAUAAAACUGCAAAGUAUUGAUUUUAUAACAAUAUUAAAUGGACAUAACUAAGCAAGUUUAUAGCCUUUUUGAGGUUCUGCCAAUCAAAUGAUUUUUUCACUUAUGUAUGAUGUUUUCAAUUACUUCUCAAAACUAUAAUAUAUGCCUUUUAGGCAUAAAUAAUUAUUUGAACUGCUGCACUACAACCUGUAACAACUGAAGGAGCACAACAGUAAUUAAAUAACAAAAACCUGUUUGAUAAUGAUUAUGUUAUCCUUAUACAAUGAAUAACAGCAGACGACUGAGGUAUUAUGAAUAUGUACUGUCUUGUGUUUUAAUUCAUCUAUCUUUUUUUAACUUAAAUUUUGUGUGAUCUCAUCUAGCCAGUUUAAUUGUUGCUUUUUAUUGCACUGAGAGUGUAUAUAAACACUAUUGCUACUUAUAGGAUGCUAUAUUAUCCUGAUAUUAUUACACUUGGGGAGUCUUUUACCUGGAUGUGGCAGCAUAGAACAUCAAAGACAAGGAAAGAAAUUAUUUUGUGAUACUGUAACUGUAUUGUGAUUUCAAUAUUUGACAUGAAUGAAUCCUUAAUGUCUUGACCCGAUUUGUAUCUUAGUUGCAUGUAUGACAAUAUAUAUAUAUGUGUAGACAUAGAUAUCCACAUAGGUGCCUUCUUUCCAUUCCCUUUUAAUCCAUGAAAAAAAAAGUCACAUAGCUAACCAGACUUUUUCUGCAUAUAAUUUAGCACUGUGUAGAUUCUAACAGCAACAAAACUGCAAAACAUGUGGGGUGACUACAUUAUAUGCACUAUUUGUGAUUCAUUGCCCAGUCUUAAAUGUUGUAAUAUAUUAUAAACCAAUGAAUUUAAUUUUUGAAGUCUUGGUGUGCAAUAUGGAAUAUAUUUUGAAUAUAUUGAAAUGAAGGAAGAAGUUUAGAUGUGUGAGGAAUUGUGGGUUGUAUUCUAAAAAUGUAAAUUAUUCUCAUAAUGUUUGCAAUAAUUAAUGUAUGUCACGUCAGUAUAUCUCAUCGAGCAGUUUGCAUGCAUGAAUAAACUGUUUUA